AGCUAAUCGUUUAGGCUGAUAGCCAUACAGGAUAUAAUUCACUGCAGUACUCGCAUACCGAAUGCAUCGAAGUACCGCUCACUCCAAUCAUAUCGAGGCCGUCUCUAAUGACAAGUACUUGCCCCUUGUCGCAUAGUCUCUUCCCACUCGGUAAUCUUUUAUUAGUUCUUUGAUUUUUUUUCAUCCCCUCUGUGAGACUCGGGCUAGUAGAACAACUUCGUUGAAAAACAAUCUCGAUGCGCACGUCACCGAACAAGUCACUAUCAUUGGCCCGCCCUCAAGUUGCCGAUAUGUAAUCAUCACCCCCAUGUCCUUUCCUCUUCACAUCCCAUUGUGCUUCAGUUGCUUUGUUGAAUUUUUAGCGCCCCUUCUGCGCUUUCUCUCCCACAUGCCCUCAGGCGUUUUACACUACGGAUACUCUGCGUGUCUGCUAACAUUAGUGCAGCUUCGGCCUUGUUCAACACCGCCAGUAUUUCCUACCCGCUUUGCACGAAAGAACGAAGUCCACUUGUUCGUGCACGAAUCCGCGACAUAUUGCGAGCCCCCUUUUUACCACCACCUACCCGCUUCUUUCGCACGUAUUUCUCAAUUUAUCAGCGCUUCGCGAUGUAGUGCCCGCGCAUCUAGCGAUGUUAGUAGAUCACAUGCCUACUCUUGCAUCCACAUCCGUUCACAGCGCAUCAUGAGGGCCAUUCUAGCCUAUCUAUAUUUGAGGGAACGGGUUCUUUCAAGGUGGAGCCUAGCUAGUUUACCACCGAUCAGAACGCCUACCGAGAUGUUCAUAAAGCUCAAGAGCGAACUCCCGUUAAGCGCCUGUUCUCACUAUGAAGAACAACAACGAUAUAUGCGGCGUUUGAGAACAGGCAGAGGAAUGAUCGAGAUUAUUCUUCAGAGGCUACACGAAGUUCGCUCCUCAAACCAGUGCCGCGCCCGAAUUGCACAAGACCCGUACUCAUUGACAGGUUCCAGAACAAAGCUCGACAAAUUCACCCUCUGGGAGUUUCUGCUAGCAUCGGCAAAGUGUGGGCUUUGUCUACAACAGGUUUUGUUCCUUAGGAUAAUUAACUUCUACCGCCCGGAACUCAGCCUGUGGGCCUGGAGGGUUUUUACUCCGCGUGAUCAGUGUCCAGCUGGCCGAUUCUGCUGGGCACGGAUCACCUUUAUGGUUCAUUCGCUCUCACCUGUUCGCCUAGCGGUGCUGGCGCACCGUGCCCAUGAUGAUUCCGGCUAUUGCUCCUGACAAUGACAGUGACAGCCUGACAUCUACCAUCGAAUGAGAGCUAUUCUGGGGAUUCAUCAGGAAUAGGCUCGCAGAAUGCCGUGAAUCUUGAGGAGCAUAGCUCCGUUGCGCAGCAGAACGGCUCAAGGUACUGGCG